CUUGAUGGCAAAUUUUGUGUAAGUUUCGUACGAAGGCUUUGUGAAACGGUGUUUUGCUUGAAAACUUCGGUGAUUGUUAGUUGAAGCUGCUGUAAUUGCUUUCUGUGUCAUUAGAGAGACCGGGUGCAAGUGUUUCGAGAAUGGCGAUGCUAGAAGGAACACUAUCCAAGUGGACGAAUGUUAUGAAAGGCUGGCAGUAUCGCUGGUUUGUGCUUGACGAAUAUGCUGGACUACUCUCCUACUAUACGUCAAAAGAGAAAAUGAUGAAAGGCGUUCGGAGAGGCUGCGUGCGAUUAAAAGGAGCUGUCAUUGGAAUAGAUGACCAAGACGUAAACACCUUCACCAUUACCGUGGACCACAAAACAUUUCAUUUUCAGGCACGAGACGCCGACGAACGGGAGAAAUGGGUCCGCCGGCUGGAGGAUACCAUACUGCGACACGCAAACCGGAGCCGAGCUCUGUGGGAACAGCAAUAUAGCGGAGGUAGCGGAAGUACUUCACACGGAACGCCAGGAUCUAGCACAAAACGUAACCACAACAAUUUAUCAUUAUUUGACAAAAGAGUCAGCGAAGCGGACGCAUAUCUACAGCUUAUGAUUGAGCAAACAACGAAAAUUGACCACAGAAUACAAUCGCUAGGCGAGAGUGAAGAAGUACAACAAUUAAAGACUAUACACGAACAUGCAAAUGCAAUGUUGGAUAAUAUCAAACAUUCAAUCGUAUUGCUUCAAAUAACGAAGAAUACGGCCAAUCCUAUAAAUGGUAUCUACCAAGGACCAGUUAUAAACAAAUCGGAAACAGAUACCGAAACAAAUGACACCGAUUUGGUGGCCGUCCCCACGUCGGUCUUAGUGCAGACUGGUAUUGAAGUUGGAGCUGAAUGCAGAGAAAACCGGCGUCGCAGCAACAUAGCCCAUUCUUCAAUUACCGUUCCGGAAACUUCCUAUUCCAGCUCGGAGGGAGAGGACGACUUCUUCGACGCAAACGAUGAUGCAUUCACGUCUAGUCAGCUAAACACACCGACAAACAAUACUAGAACCCUCGCCGACCCAAUCUCACGCCUGUCGGGUGAUGAGAACUUUGUUACCGCUGAGGAGAACACGAGCAACAGUAUUUCCCCGAAGAAACAGGAUAGUUUCGAAAUAUCUACCGUUGCUGCCGCUUCCAAAAGCCAUGGCAGCGCAAGCUCACGAAAAUCCUACGACUCAAAAUCGCUGCCAAUACGAAACGACGGAAGUUUGGACUACGAUGCCUUAUACGAAGACGAAUCGGACAACGAUCUAUCGAUGGAAUCACAUGGAUCUGUGGUCACGCAUCUGCUCUCACAGGUGAAGAUCGGCAUGGAUCUUACGAAAGUGGUGCUGCCAACGUUUAUACUAGAACGACGAUCGCUGCUUGAGAUGUACGCCGACUACUUCGCCCAUCCGGAUCUGUUCCUGCGAAUUGCCGAUCUGGACGAUCCACGAGAGCGCAUGAUUCAAGUUGUGCGCUGGUAUCUCAGUGCAUAUCACGCUGGUCGGAAAAGUUCUGUUGCUAAAAAGCCAUACAACCCCAUUCUAGGCGAAAUAUUCCAGUGCCACUGGGAUACACCGGAAAUGCCUACUGGAGACGACAACACAAAUGUGGAGGUGGAUGAUGGACCAGUACCGUGGUGCCGUAGGAAUCAAUUGACGUUCAUAGCUGAGCAGGUCUCUCACCAUCCACCAAUAUCAGCCUUUUAUGCAGAACAUUAUAACAAAAAGAUUAGUUUCGCGGCGCAUGUUUGGACCAAAUCUAAAUUUCUCGGAUUAUCAAUUGGUGUGCACAAUAUUGGCCAGGGAACUGUAACACUGUGUGAUUUGAACGAAGAGUAUAUAGUUACAUUUCCAAACGGUUAUGGCAGGUCAAUUCUUACGGUACCGUGGAUAGAACUUGGAGGCACCGUAACGAUCACGUGUCCCCAAACAGGCUACCAUGCUGAUAUAGAUUUCCUUACGAAACCAUUUUAUGGCGGCAAACGAAAUAGGAUUCAAGGAGAGAUCUAUAGUCCCAAUGAUAAAAAAUCAUUCAUCUCUAUUGCUGGCGAGUGGAGCGGAUUGAUGGAGUAUAAAUACAACGAUGGCAGCAAACCUCCCAAGUUCGAGACUUUUGUCGAUGUGAACAGCAUACCUAUCUUCAAGAAAAAAGUCCGCCCGGUUGCAGAACAAACCAGUAACGAAUCACGAAAAGUGUGGAUGGAAGUGACUGCUGGAUUAAAGAUGAAUGACAUCGAAAAAGCAACCAACGCAAAGUUUCAAGUGGAACAAAAACAACGAGAGGAAGCACGAGAGCGGAAGGAAACCAGUGGUGAAUGGGAAAAUAAGUAUUUCAAAGCAGUCGGCGAAUCGUGGAUAUACAAUACUCCACUUUUACAGAGACUAACGCUAGAAAGACGCGAUAGUAAAAGAUAGCAAUUUAAUUCGGACUGCAGUAACAAUACUAGUAGAGAUAGACAGUAAAGUUAAAUAGUAGCUACAUUUGUUAUGAUAAACCAACAAGGACGAUUCGUGGUUCAAUCCACGAAUAGCAGAAAUGCCUUCAUCAUUAUAAGUUGAUGUGUCAAACAUUCGUGCAUGACGUAGUAUGUGCAUUUUCUUCAAAUCGUAUGAACUGUUAUAUGCACUCGAAAAAUAACUCGAUACAUACCUCAAUGCAAAUAAACUCUAACCCGGAACACUAUUCCAGAAACGAA